ACACAUGUUUCGUUGGUUAUUGAACGAUUUAUUUUCGUUAUUUAAGCCAUACGUUUAAUGUUCCUCUAUCAUCGAUUCACUCAGUAAAUACUUUGUUCGCGUGUAAUUCGACGUAACCGAAUAGGUUAGAAAUCAUGUUGAAACGUAGGCUAAUAACAACUUCGUGGUGUAAAUUUCAAAAACGAUACGUGCAAAAUAGUUCUAAGGUAGUGAAAGGUGAACGCAAUGAUCAUGAAAUUGCAAAGAUUCGCAAUAUCGGAAUUUUGGCGCACAUCGAUGCUGGCAAGACAACUACCACGGAAAGAAUGUUAUUUUACUCUGGCAUCAUUCGAUCCAUGGGAGAAGUACAUCAUGGCAAUACGGUAACAGAUUACAUGGACCAAGAACGUCAACGCGGCAUAACUAUCACUUCAGCAGCGGUGACGUUUGAAUGGAAAAAUCAUCUUAUUAAUUUAAUAGACACCCCAGGGCAUAUUGACUUUACCAUGGAGGUGGAACAAACUCUAAAGGUAUUGGAUGGAGCAGUAGUUAUACUCGAUGGUUCUGCAGGUGUGGAAGCUCAGACACAGACUGUGUACAAGCAAGCUGAUAAAUAUGGCAUACCCAAAAUUAUUUAUGUAAACAAAAUGGAUAGAGCAGAUGCGAAUUUCGAUGCAAGUCUGAAGUCUAUUGAGUCAAAAUUACAUGUAGAAGCUUUACCUAUACAGUUCCCCAUUAAGGUGCAAAGGCAUUUGAAUGGCAUAGUGGAUGUAAUUACUCUAGAGAAAAUGAUUUUUGAGACAAAUGAUGCAGGUAUGAAACUAACAAAAUUGAAGUUGUCAGAGAAAGAGGACAAAAGCCUAUGGGAAAUGGCACUUGAGAAGCGUAGGCUUCUAACUGAUAAAUUGUCUGGUAUGGAUGACAAUCUAGCCAAUGUAAUUAUUGCACAGGAGUCUUUGGAUAACAUUACACCACAAUUAUUAACAGAUGCUUUACGCAGGAGUACUAUACAUAUGAAAGGUGUUCCUGUACUCUUAGGUAGUUCUUACAAGAACAUAGGAGUGCAGCCUUUAAUGGACAGCGUCCUCUUGUAUCUACCAUCUCCUGAUCAGAGUAAAUACUUCAAAUAUUAUAAAUCCUUUGAUAAUCAUUUGUCUGCCAGAGCAUUUAAAGUAGUGCACGAUAAGCAAAGAGGAGCUCUUACUUUCUUCAGAAUUUACACUGGAGAAAUGAAGAAAAAUGACAAAGUGUAUAAUGUUCAGAAAGAAACAUCCGAACAGGUCACUAAAUUAUACACUGCUUGUGCGGAUGAUUACCAAGAGGUAUUAAAGAUUACUAAUGGCAACAUUGCAGCAGCUGCAGGACUCAAAACUACCACAACCGGUGACCUAAUAGUAACCAACGCAUUAGCAGUCAACAGAGCACGAGAAAAGCUCGAAUCAAAUACAAAUAUCACACCAGAAGAGAUAAACAACUUCUUCGAUUCGAACUCAGCGUUAGAGCAUGUUUUCUUCUGUGCAAUUGAAGCGCCAUCUCUCUCUUAUCAGGUAGCUUUGGAGUCUGCUCUGAAGCAACUGGAAAGGGAAGAUGCAGGUUUAAAGGUAACUCUAGACGAGGAGACUGGGCAGACUAUCCUCGCUGGCAUGGGCGAACUGCACAUAGAAAUCAUCAAAGAAAGAAUUCGAUCAGAGUUCAAAAUCGACGCAGAUAUUGGCCCACUGCAAAUUGCCUACAGAGAGACAAUAGUAGACCCCGUUAGAGACACUUUCACUACAGAGUACGCAAUAGGGAAGUAUAACUAUGCAGUCACGCUCACUAUAUCAUUAAUACCAAACUACAAGGAAGCCCGAACUCUGCUGCUAGACAAAUCACCAGAAUCCUGUUCAAACAUAAGCGCUAUAUCACUGAAAGUAAUGAAAGCAGUAGAGAAGGGUGUAAAAUCGGUUCUGUUGCAUGGGCCUAAGCUAAGUUACCCUGUUAUAAACAUGGGAGUCAAGUUACAUUGGUUGGAGUUUAAACCUGCCACUCCAACAACAAUUAUCACCGCAGCUGUGUCUCAAGCUAUCAGGAAGUUGAUGCACGCCAGCACGAUCCUACUGCUGGAGCCGAUAAUGCAGCUGGAAGUGGUGGUGGAGGCCGAGUACGCGGGGGCUGUCAUGGCGGACCUCCGGAAGAGGCGAGCAGAAAUUCACAGUUUCGAUGUUCGCGGCGAGAACAAGGUGAUCAACUGCUGCGUCCCCCUGGCAGAGACGUUAGGCUACUCGACGGCACUGAGGAUAGCGUCCUCGGGUCACGCGACGUUCUCCAUGGAAUUCAACCGCUACGAACCGUUAGAUUCGUACAACGAAGCGGAGGUGAUCAAGAAGGUCACGGGAGUGAUCUAGGAGCGAACGAUGUCUGAGAGUAAAGAAAUAAACGGUCACGUGACGACGGGAUAAAUGUGUAGACGAGAGCCUGGCGAACGGCUAGCUUCCCUUUCUCUCUGAUCCUUUUGAAUUCUCGUGUAUUAAUAAAAAUCAGCGUAGUUCAACUUUACAAAGGUGUAAAUUCGGUCGAUCCAGCGUAAAAAUCGUUUCACACAGACGGCAACAACGCUUAC